UCAAUACCAGCGAACGCAGAAACACACAGAAAUUCAUCCAGCGCGCCGUCAUGGUGAUACGCGAGUGAGUGUGAAUGUAUCUAUGAAUCGAAUGGAAAAUAUGUGAAUGAAUGCGUUGCCAUUCCACUUUUAAACAAUAUGAAAAAUAAACCUGAAUUGGUGUGAAAUUUGCUGCACAAAUAAUUACGAAUCCAAAUUACUAUACACACUUGUCGCGAUAGAUGUGCAAAACAACACCGACUUGAACAUUUGAAGGCAGUGGAACAAACAUAUGGCGAAAGGCAGCACGACGUCGAACAAGUGAUACGGAAAUGAAUUCCAAAUUAGCUCCUAUAAAAGCCACCACACUAUGAGCAUGAAUCCCAUCGAUGAAAUCCACUAGCCAGUUAUAAAUCAGUGAUAAACACUUUACAUUCCUGCGCGCACAAAAAGAACCAUACAGUGCCAUCUCACAAUUCCCAGCUCUUGAGGAACUCCGCUGGAUCAUACAGCCGUAAACAAAAAACCAUAUCAAUUUUCUACCAAUAGUCUACUUAUAUCGUUGUUGCUAUUAUGACUAACAUCAAAUAUGAACGUGUUAAGCAAACGGUCGAUCACGAGUCUCAAAAUGAGGAAAUCGAACUGGAAGGUGAGACUCAAGUACACCACCAUGGGACAUCCAGGAGCCAUCAGUACGUGGUGGCCAGCAGGGCAUCGGGAGCCACUAUUGGCAAGAAAAAGAACUUCGCCAAUGCCAUCAUUAUCACACUGAUCCUGAUCCUCUGCUACUUUACGCUCUCGAUCGGUCUCACCUUCUAUCAGCGACUGCUGCUUCAAGAGUUGAAAUUUCCUCUGUCGGUAGUAGUUUACCAUUUGUGCAUCAAACUAGUCAUGUCUGCGGUGGUAAGAGCAAUUUACACAUGUGCCACCAAAAAGAAUCGCAUUUUGUUGGACUGGAGGACGUCGUUUCGAAAGAUAUUACCGACUGGAUUGGCUAGUGGAAUAGACAUUGGAUUCUCCAACUGGGGACUAGAAUUGGUGCAGAUUUCACUGUACACAAUGACCAAGUCCACCACAAUAGUCUUUAUCCUGAUUUUUGCCAUACUGUUAAAACUAGAAAAGAAGAGUUGGUCUCUAGCAGCCAUCGUGGUUAUGAUCUCCGGCGGACUCUUCCUAUUCACGUAUAAAUCGACCCAUUUCGACACCCUGGGAUUCUCGUUCCUUCUAUUCGCAUCACUUUCGAGUGGAAUUCGUUGGUCAUUUGCCCAAUUGAUUAUGCAAAAGUCGAAACUUGGUCUGCACAAUCCCAUCGAUAUGAUCUUCCACAUGCAGCCGUGGAUGAUUCUAGCUGUCCUGCCGUUCACGCUCGGAUUCGAAGGGAAGCGCAUCGUAGAUAACUUCGAUCUCUUGCUACACACGGAUAGCUCUAUUAUACUGGAUAUGUGGUUGAGAAUUUCGGUGGGUGCAUUCAUUGCAUUUGCCAUGGAAGUGAGCGAAUUUCUAGUGUUAACAAACACUUCCAGCUUAACCCUAUCGGUAGCGGGUAUAUUCAAGGAAAUCUGCCAGCUGGUUUUGGCAGUGGAGCUAUACGGGGAUCAACUUAGUCUGGUAAAUGUUCUGGGACUGGUAAUGUGUCUCGGAGGGAUAUGUUGUCACGUAGUUCACAAAUUCUGGACUUAUACGGAGGAACAACACACGAUAGACGUCUCAACCAACUUUGAUGACGAAGAAGAUGAUUCUGGCAUUAACAAAAAUGGCGUGACGCCAAAGUACAAUGCAAAAUAUGAUAUGACAACAACACGCUUCAAAAUAGGUCACCGCCGACCACUUCUUGUUAACGAAAACAGAGACGCCGAGGAUUCAGACCAUUUAGUAGUUAACAACAGAAACUACUUGUCGGAGGAUAGCGAUAUUGGUGAGCAGGAGUCACAAGAUGUUCUGUACGAUGUGUUGAAAAGACGAGAACGAUAACUUUCUAUGUUGUGCUACUGUGUUAUUUUUAGUUUGUAUCUUUGACAUAAUACGCUUACCCACAUCACUUUUGGGACCUUUCACGGGCAAGAACUGAACUUAAAAUUCCUUGUUUUGUUUAAAAUGUACGCUUUUACAUUAAAUGGUUGAGUUUUCCUCUGAUUACGUUAUUAUAGAUUCUGAUUGAUUCAGACCUACGAAACAAAUGUUUGCACAGCUCAGCAUACUGUAUGAUAUGCCAACCAAAUAUUCCAGCACAAGCAUCUGCUAUAUUGUUACCAAUUCAACUACUUAUGCUCCCACAUUCCUGGUAACACAGUGAAGCAACACAAUUUUACAAAGUCAUUUAGCGAUCGCGGGAGUGAAUAAUACGAUAUGAAUACAUAAUGUAACCUGAUAAACGCAUUCGUGAUAACUACUUAAGUUCAAAUAUUGUAUACACUCGCCAUCCUGUCGCGCGUCUACACUUUUAUGUUUUGGAUGUAUAGAGCAUGAAAUGUAAUGGUAAUAAAGUGUAACCGUAAGCAUUGUUUA